AUGGCUCCGAUCCCUGACGACAUGCCUCAUUACGAUGGCGCCUCACCACUGGAUGGAGGAGGCAACCCAGCUAGUCUGGGGGGCGGCGAUGCUAAGUUUUCACUCACUGGCCUGGAGAUAGGCCUCAUUGUCGGCGUCGUGUCCCUUGCUGUAGUCAGCCUCGUCUGGCUGUUCUUCUGGAGAUCUCGCCGAAAUCGCCCAUUCAGACAACCGCGCACGCCUUCCAUCACGACCACUCAUGGCCACGACGCAGAACUUAUCGACACGAGUGGACUACGUAUUCCAACACCCAUUUCCAAAGAUGAUCGAGCUAGUACCGUCGAGAAAGACGAAGUUGCCUCAAUUGACCGCCCGCCCCGUUCCCAGCGCCGCCUGAUGACGAAUUGGUCUCACUAG